GAGCGGGGGCGGGGAGGGAUGAAGCGGGGGAAGGGGGGAAGGAAUGGGCUGCUGCCGAGCUCGCUGCGGAUCAUCUCGUCCUGCCUCAAGACGGUCACCUCCAACGCCGGCUCCGUCGCGUCCACCGUUCGCUCGGCCGGAGCCUCCGUCGCCGCCUCCAUCUCCUCCCAGGCCGAGGACGAGAAGGACCAGGUUUUAUGGGCUGGAUUCGAUAAACUAGAGCUUCAUCCAUCAUCGUUCAAGAAUGUCCUGCUUGUUGGUUAUUCAAAUGGGUUUCAAGUGCUCGAUGUUGAAGAUGCUGCCAAUGUUUGUGAAUUGGUCUCAAAACGUGAUGGCCCAGUUACGUUUUUACAAAUGCAACCCACUCCAGUCAGCUCUGAAGGCAUCGAAGGAUUCAGAGCGUCACAUCCCAUGCUUCUAGUUGUUGCUGGUGAUGAGACAAAUGGCCUGGGUGCGGUUCAAGGUGGUCGCUUAAGUGCUCUUAUCAGAGACACAAACAGUGAGCCUCAAGCUGGAAAUUGCAUUUCUACCCCUACAGUUGUCCGUUUCUACUCUAUGAAGUCUCACACAUAUGUACACGUUCUUCGAUUCCGGUCUGCUGUAUAUUUAGUUCGCUGCAGUCCAAGGAUUGUUGCUGUAGCACUUGCAGCACAAAUCUACUGCUUCGACGCUGUUACUCUUGAGAACAAGCUCAGUGUUUUAACAUAUCCUUUGCAAGGUGCACCUGGGGUAAAUAUUGGGUAUGGCCCUAUGGCUGUUGGCCCCAGAUGGUUAGCCUAUGCCACAAAUACUCCUUUAUUGUCAAACACAGGCCGUCUAAGUCCACAGAACCUCACACCUUCGCCAGGAGUGAGCCCAUCUACUUCUCCUAGCAGUGGAAGUUUAGUUGCUAGAUAUGCAAUGGAGUCUAGCAAGCAAUUAGCUUCUGGUAUUAUUGACAUGGGAUAUAAAACAUUUUCAAAGUACUGCCAGGAACUUCUGCCAGAUGGUUCUAACUCCCCUUUGUCAUCAAGCCCAGGCAGGAGAUCUGGUAAAAUUCCUUCCAGUGUGCAUCCACUGGAAGCUGACAAUGCAGGAAUGGUAGUCAUCAAGGAUUUCACUUCCAAAGCUGUUGUCUCACAGUUUAGGGCUCACACAAGUCCGAUAUCUGCUCUUUGUUUCGACCCUAGUGGAACACUUUUGGUGACAACCUCUGUUCAUGGCCAUAACAUAAAUGUUUUCAGGAUCAUGCCAACCUGCAUUGCUAAUGGCUCAGGCGCAACGCGCUAUGAUUGGACAGCAUCUCAUGUUCAUCUUUAUAAACUGUAUCGCGGCAUGACAUCAGCUGUCAUACAAGACAUCUCGUUCAGUCAUUUUAGCCAAUGGAUAUCUAUUGUUUCAUCUCGUGGUACCUGCCAUAUUUUUACGUUGUCCCCAUUUGGUGGUGAUGCGAGUCUGCAGCCACAGAAUUCUCACAGUGAUGGGCCACCUCUUGCCCCAUGUCAGUCAAGGCCAUGGUGGUCAAAGCCAUCCUUUCUUAUGGACCAACAGCUUCAUCAAGUCCCCUCAACUGUGACAAAUUCGGUAGUCAGUAGGAUAAAGAAUAACACUUCUGGUUGGCUAAAUACUGUCAGCAAUGUGGCUGCUUCUGCAAGUGGAAAACUAUCUGUACCAUCUGGCGCUGUAACUGCUGUUUUCCAUAAUUCCAUCUACCAGGGUUCUUUGCCAGUUCCAUCUAAGGCUAAUGCUUUAGAGCAUCUACUGGUGUAUUCGCCAUCUGGUCAUGUUAUUCAACAUGAACUUUUACCUUCUUCAGGUUCUGAGUCCACUGGUAGCAGCCCGAGAGUUGGUUCAGCUCCUAACUCGCAACUCCAAGAUGAUGAGAUGCAUGUUACUGCUGAACCAAUUCAAUGGUGGGAUGUGUGCCGUAGGACAAACUGGCCAGAAAGAGAUGAAAACAUUGCAAACAUUGUAUUGUAUAACCAAAGAAGCAGUAUAAUGGCUAUGGAUGCUUCUGACUGUGAAGAUAGCGAGCAUUCAGAUUCCACUGCAUCAAAUGAUGGUAUCUCUGGGAAAGAGAUUAUGAGAGUCCGAGAAAGGUCAAGCUGGUAUCUAUCUAAUGCAGAAGUACAGAUAAACUCGUGGCGGAUUCCCAUCUGGCAGAAAUCCAAGAUUUGCUUCUAUGUGAUGGACCAUCCUGCUGCAGAGUCGGUCGAAUCAGUUAGUAGCAGUGGUGGAGAAAUUGAGAUUGAGAAGUUACCUCUUCACGAGGUUGAGAUCAGGAGAAGGGAAUUGCUCCCUGUAUUCAAGCAGUUCCAAUAUUCUGAGCGACAUUCUAGUGAUAGGAAUGUUGCAAAUGGAAGAAGUAUUGCAAAUGGAAGCUUUCAGAAUGCCUUGUCCCACAUCAGUGAUGCACAGUACGGCUCUGUAAAGGAUAAUGGUGAAUAUGAAACCAAACCGGUGGCUCCUUUGUCUGGGUUUUAUGCUGAUACGAGGAAAACAUCUAACACAAAUGGUCUAGCUAGGCAAACAUUCUCUGGACCUGGCUCAGCUGUUAAUCUACAGCAAGUGGGAAAGUGCAAUUCUAUUGAAUCUCCUAAUGCUGCAAUUUUGGCUGGCAAAGCAGAGAAUGAGAGCAAUGGUUAUAUAUCCACUCCACCUGAAACAAAUGCAUCUAUCAGAUCAUUGAGCAGCUAUUCUCUCUUGGAUGGACCUGUUGACGGAAUGCUGUCUCCUGCAAAUAACGCAUCAUACAAGCCUGAAACAACAAAUAAUUCUGUGCUCAGCAAUGUUGCAAGCACUGACAUACCAAAUGGGUGUCUCACCACUGUCGAUUCUGGACAGCAGGAGGCGUCUGAUUCUCACAGCUCAGUGGAGUUUACCCAGUAUUUCCAAGAGGGCUAUUGUAAAAUAUCAGAACUCGAUGACUGCCGUGAGUUAACUGAAGCUGUUACUGAUGCUGACAGCAGCAGCAGCCACUGCGAGAGAGAGAAGCCCGAGGAAGAUGGGGAUAACGAUGACUUGCUUGGAGGAGUUUUUGCCUUCAGUGAAGAAGGUUGAACUUACUAUACUGCCUUACUUGAGAUUGAGAUACAACGGAAAGAAAGCGUUCAAAACAUUCAGUGUGCAAUAGUAUGUAGACGAUGGUGAAAUUCUAGUAGGCUUUCAUGGAAUAAAGCUGUGCGGAAUUGAUCAUCUUCCAUGGUACAUAUUUUUCAAGGUAAACCUUGCGCCUAGUUCUCAAAUUGGUGGGGCCAAGAUUCCUCCAGGCAAUUUACUAAUCUGCGGAUCCUCGUUGAAAUUUGGAAGGCGUUGGUGUUGUCGAGAAGUUGCUAUUGCCUGCCGCAACACCACUUCCUUAGUGUUGGUUUGUACAUAUACUGUAAGACCCAUUUGUUUUGUGCCAUACUUCUGGGACAUUUGGGUGGUUCUGAAUCCCGUACCUUGGCAGCCAUAUUUGUUGACCUCCUCUGCCAGGGCCUGUGAAUGUUCCAUGUUUAUUUGUACAUAUACUUUCUGUUUUAUUGGGAAAAAGGAAAAAAAUCUAGCCACGAUUAAUGUGAUAUUACUUUAUAAACGUUCAGUAAAGAAAAUUGCAUUCACGAUUAA